GCAACCCUCACCGGCCAAUGGGACACGCUCCAAACCAACGCGGGCCGCUACACGUACCAACAAAACCUCUGGGGCGCGCACUCCCCGGGCGCGUCGGGGUUCCAAUCCUCCACCCUCCCAGACCGCAUCCUCACCUCCAACACCAAAUCGCCAAAGCCGGCGACAUCCGUCUCCUGGACCACGACGUACAGCUGGACGGGCGGACCGUACCAAGUCAAAUCGUACGCCAACGCCGCGCGCAACCUGCACAAACUCCCCCUGACCCAGAUCAAGGCCAUCCCCUCCUUCUGGACCUGGCACUACGCCGCGGCUUCCGCAAACCUCGUCGCUGACGUCUCCUACGACCUCUGGCUGUCCCCCUCCGCCUCCGGCUCCGGCGCAGACGCUUCCUCCUCGUUCGAGAUCAUGGUCUGGCUGUCCACCCGCGGCGGCGCCGGCCCCGCCGGCACGCGCGUCGGCGGGAUGACGUAUAACGGCGUCAAGUGGGGAUUGUGGAAGGGGAAUGUCGGGACGUGGGUGGUGUACUCGUUUGUGGCGGAGAGGGAGAUCACGCGGUGGAGUGGGGACAUGUUGGCGUUUGUGAACUAUCUGGUGAAGAAGCAGGGUUUGCCGAGGAACCACUAUUUGGUGCAGGCGCAGGCGGGCACCGAGCCGUUUGUGGGGAGUGCGACGCUUGUUACCGAGGCGUAU